UGCUUUGGGCAUGAGAUGAUCGGGUGACUUCCCUUCGCCAUGAGCCAUGAGUUCUGGAUGGGCUGCUUCGUUGCCUCCUCCACUGCCAUGCUGCUCUUGCAGAAAGUGGCCAGCCAGACGGAGAUGCGGCGCUUCAGCCUGCUCCUGGUGCAGGCGGCCUUUCUGGCGCCGGCGCUGGGCCUCAGCGCCAAGGCUGGGAUCUUUCAGGUGAAGCCGUUGGAGAGGCGCAUGCUCUUCAUCUUCCUGCUGCCCUCAGCGCUGUUUCUGCUGCUCCUGAUCUCCGAGCCCAACGUCACUGUGCCCGCCUUGCUGGCUGCGAGGUCGCUUGGUCUUUGCUUGGUGGCCUCCGGAGAAUACCUGUUCUUCCACCAGGGUAAGACCCUCUGCCAGAAAUGGGGCAUGGCCCUGGUGCUCUGCGGCGCCGGCUGCGGGCUUCGGGACCUCCCCCUGGAGUUUAGCCUGUGGCUGGGGCUCAACUCUUUGAUCCACGUCGGCUUCCAGCUGCUGGAGAAGCCCGCCAUUUGUGCAACGGCUCAGACGCCCGAGGGCCUGGCGAUCAUUCAGAACUUCUACGUCCUCGCGAUGGGCUCGCUGCUAUUUCUGGCCGCUGAGCGACCCGGAAGGCCCGUGAUCAAGGCGCCUUUGCCGUGGGAGUUGGUUCUGGUGCUGUCUGCCGCGGCUGGCCUGGUGCUCAACUUGAGCUACGUCAAGGUGAAUUUGUGCUUCCAGGUGACUUCCAUCGCCAUGGCGGAGGUUUUGAGCCUGGUCUUCGUUUCGCUGCUGGGCUCGCUGUGUUUUUGGAGAGAGGACACCAUGAGCCCGGGGCACUUCGCGGGCGCGAUGCUGAGCCUACUGGGUGCAAGCAUCUACGCUGAGCCAUUGGACUUCCUGAGGCGCCGGCGGAGUCGCUUUCGGUGCUUGGACCUGGCCGGGCUGUGCCUGGUGCUUGCGGUGCUGCACGGGGCGGCGCAGCAGACGCUGCGGUGCAGCCAGAGUGUGAGCCACAUGUCAGAGGAGACCUUGUCGCGCUGCUUGCGCAUCUCGGUCUUGGUGCAGGAGCACCGGCGCCGGGGCCUCGCGCAGGACCGAGACAACUCGACCCAGUUUGUGCCGGACGCUUGCCCAUCGCUGCUGCCACAGUUUAGCUUUUCAACUCCCUUGGACGAUGGGCUUUCAAGUUGCGGCAUCGCUGUGGUCUCAGCCUUGUUCGGAGGCUACGACGAGUUUGACUUUCGCAGUCCCAGCUUCGAGGACCCCAUGUUCUGUUUCUUUCUGUUCUUGGAUCGGCUCAGCGCCAAGAUGGUGGCGCCAAAUGGGACUGGCCAGACGGGGAGCUGGAACUUGGUCGUGCUGCCGCCAGACCAGGUGCCGGAUUCUGCCACGCCAGCGCAGAGUUCCAGGAUUCCAAAGAUGUUGUCCCACCGGGCGUUUGGGAAAGCCCGGUUCCUGCUGUACAUGGACAGCAAAAAGAACGUUUGGCCAUGGGUGACUGCGGACAGCUUGGCGUCCUGGGUUCUUUUGCAGAUCCGACCCUACCCUGCGUCCACGCCUUACGCCUGGGUGGGCGCAGAGCAUCCGGACCGCUUCACGGCCUAUGAAGAGGCCCUGGAGGUGUGUUUCCGGGGCGUGGCGGGGGAGCAAUGCGUCGAGCAGAUGAUGGGGUAUCACCGGCGGGGCUUCCCCAUCGACUUUGGAAUCCCAUUGCUGGAAGGCGGGUGGCACCUGCGGGACUUGCGGCGGCCCGAAUCCUCGGAAGUGGGCUGCCAUUGGAUGCAGGAGUUCCUGUCCUGGGACCAGCCACGUGACCAGCUCAGCUGGAAUUUUGCGGUCUGGUCCUCCAGACUGGCGCAUGCGGUCCACCUGGUCGAAGACACCCUGCCGGCGACCGGGCGCGAGCACGUGAAGCCUCGCCCAAAGGUGACCCAGUCCUCACGCUGCGCGGAGCUUUUGCCCUUGGCACCCGGCUGCCAAGGGAGGCCGAACUGCUGUCCCUCGUGUCCAAAUCGGAGCGCUUAGCAACUUAGCAACUUCGUGGCGGUGGCCGGCAAGAAUGCCGUUGACACAACCUGUGGGAUUUUCCUCCCCUCUGGUCCACCCCCUUUUUCAAAGAAACAUGGUCUUACAGGACCCCGCCGUUGAGGGUAGGGGGUCAGUUUGAGGAUGUCACGACUCAGUGAGUGCCGAAAGACGCAGAAGGAGCUCGCUUUUGAAGCUGAAAGGGGCAAGCCCCUGAAAGCAGGCCCAAUGCCCUGUACUGAAGGGGCACACCCCCAUCGGCUCAGCUUCCCGAGAUGGACCGUUAGAAUUUGCAGAAAAGAAGCUCCUCGCCCAUCUCAAGUGAGAAGGGCAUGCCCUAGGAUUCCGUGAAGAAACACGCGUUUCAGUGCCGCUCGAGACAUGGCGCCCGAGGAAACGUCCGAAGGCGUGGGAGAUC